CCGUGACGUCGAUGGCGCCUAACAAGCGACGGCAGCCUGGCACAGGCAAGGGCAGGAAGAACAACGCGAAGGGGAAGGGAUCCCAGGAAAAGGAGAUCAAGAAGAAAACACAGACAGAGCCCUGGCGCCUCGAAUCGUCCUUCAUCAGACUAUCGCCAGAAUUCCUCGAGAUCACCAAGAAACGCGCGUCAGAUACUCCCCUUCCUCGCCCAAUACCCGCUUCGCAUGCGAUAUUCCCAUCUGAACAGAGCUCUGCCGAUGGGUACGUGUCGUGUCUUAGACGCCCCAAGUGGCGCUAUGACCAGACGAAGACUGAAGUCGAAAAGAACGAAGAAGCACUCUUUCGCAAAUGGCUCGCAGAGGCCGACGAGAAGAUCAAUGGUUUCGCUGAUGCCAGCGAUGUGCUGAGAGCAGAUGGACCCAUACGCUCUCCUUGCUACUACGAACGUAAUCUCGAAGUCUGGCGACAGCUAUGGCGCGUCACGGAAAUAUCGGACAUCAUCCUCGUCCUCCUCGACUCGCGCUGUCCGCUCAUUCACUUCCCCGACUCUCUGUCAAGAUACCUUGCAUCAUACGAAGACAAACGGGUCAUUCUCGUCCUUACGAAGGUCGACAUUACUGGGACCGAUAGGACUAGCGCCUGGAAGGACUACAUCUCCACUAAACACCCUGGAUUGCGCAUAGUCGAAGUGGAAUCGUACGCAGAGAAAGCCUACUCUGCGACGGGACGAAGACCUGCCUACGAACCUCACCUACCAGAAGAGUUCCGCCGAAGGCUGGUAGAGGCCAUUCGCGACACGCAUACAGAGCUCUUGCAACCUCCUCCGAGGGUGCGAGAGAGCGCAAAGCGACUUGCCCAUUGGAAGCCAUCGGUGAAGCGAUCGGUCGACUGGGAGGCUGCGGCAGCUCCUCGCGAGUUUGGCGCGCCAGAGCCUGUGCGUUCCGCGCCACCAAAACCAGAGAACGACGCCGAAGGUACAGAAGAACCACCCUUCCUCACGAUUGGCCUAAUAGGCCAGCCUAACGUGGGCAAGUCGUCACUUUUGAAUGCUUUGUUUGGCGCGUCCAAAGUGCGCGCCUCGAAAACGCCGGGCAAGACAAAACACUACCAGACCCUCUUCCUCUCCCCCGACAUCCGCCUCGUUGACUGUCCUGGCCUCGUCCUCCCUUCCCACCACGAAAUGGAGGCUCAAGUCCUCGCCGGCAUCCUUCCGAUCUCCCGCGUCUCCGCCGUCCCCGCCUGCAUCCACCACGCCGCGCGCCUCCUGCCGCUCGAGCGCAUACUCGAUCUGAAGCACCCCAGUGCGGCGGCGCCUUUGGUCGAGGACAAGCGCACCUGGCGCGCGGGGACGGGACCGAAGGUGGAGCAGAGAACGCCGCGGUGGACGGCGAUAGAUAUUCUGAUUGCAUAUGCGGAGAAGAAGGGGUGGCUGACGGCGAAGGCGGGGAGGCCGGAUGUGCACCGGGCGGGGAAUGCGAUCCUCCGCAUGCUUGCCGAAGGCCGCAUCCGCUGGGGCUACUGGCCUCCCGGGUCCGACGAGAGCGUCAUCCGUACCGUCGCUGGCGUCGAGGGCGCGGGCAUAUGGAUCCCAGGGCAGGAUGUCAUCGACGAGGAAGAGGACGACGAGCCGGAGGAAUUAGAAGGUGAUGAGCGGGCCGGGAAGAAGCACGAGGACAGCGCGGAGGACGCGGAGAAGGCAAGAGGCGGUGUGGAGAAGGCAGAAGACGGUGCGGAGACGGCAGAGUCGGAGUCGGAGUCGGACGACGAGCCCGCGAUCCAGGUCACCGGGGGCCGCUUCGGGGCCCUGAACAUGCUGGACGAGGGCGGGGAGGAGGAGGAGAGCGAGUGACCAACGCGUGGUGAGGUAUGCGUGGCUGGGUGUGCGCCUUCGCUGAUGUUGUGCACGCGACUAGAUGGAUGUACUAUACUGUAGUGGGAUAGGUGGGAUAGCGAAGACACUUCAUUGAACCACUAUUGCGUGUGCUAGCAUGUGGCC